CCUGGCUUUUUUUUUUCGUAGCAUUAAGUCACAUAUUAGCGAAUUAAAAUCAGUUGUUAUGUUCUUCGGGGGUUUUAUUAUGUGGCGUUAAUAUGUGAUUAUGAGAUUAAAGCGUUACCAAGUCCUGGUUGUAUACGAUCGCUGUGUCAUCGUAAAUGUGAUACAGAAUAGAGAAUAUAGUGCGUUUAGAGUCCUCUGGAAGUGUGAGGGCUACGCGUCGGCGUUUUGCAACUUUCUUCAAAGCCUUUUCAUGCACAUGAUCUUUCCGAAGUCUGAACUCCACUAAGAGCAGUGUCCCGUUUAGAAUAGCGGACUUUAUCGCUGAGCGGCAGGAGGACGAGGGGAUUUCCGAGAAAACAGAACCGAAACGAAAGCGCCGCUCCGAGACAAGUACAGCUCCGAGGGGCUCGACCGGGCUGAGCCGAGAGAUGGCCGAGCGCUACCUGUACCCUGUCUGGGUGGAAGGCGAUUGGACUGGCAUUCCCAAUCUGAAAAACAAGCUCCAGAUUUACUUUCAGAGUAAGAAGAAGUCCAGUGGAGGGGACUGCCAGGUGGAUUGUGGAGACGUCGGGGAACGAAAGGCUGUCGUGUGGUUCAGAACUGAGGAAACCAGGCAGCGCAUUCUUGAGAAGGGGAACCAUGCGCUGAAGUUAGACAAAAGUGUGGUGAAGCUGACUGUCAGAAAACAGGAACAACCAGCUGAGAAAAGCCCAGAGCCAAUAAAAGAAUCUUCUGGCACACAUAAAUCGUCUUCAUCUUCUACUCUCAAAGAUGCUCCAGAAGAAUCCAGUGUUUCUUCCAAAGUUCAGGAAAAAAACACAGAUCCAGAUGAAGACAUUCCAGAGACAGCCUCUUUGGUGCUGGAAAAUGUUCAGGAGAAAAUUAGCAAGGAUUUUCUGGAGAUGCUGGUGGAAAACAUCGCAGAUUGCUCUGCAGAGUCUGAUUUCAGUUUAGAGAUCAUAUAUGAUAUAAAUGCAGCAGUUGUGUCAUUUAAAAACAGCAAAGAUGUUCAGACCUUUCUUGCCAAGUGUGCCAAAAACAAGAUGUUCAGACAGUGGAAUUUAGUUGCCCGACCCCUUGAAGUCACCACAAGUGUGAAAGUGGAAAACAUUCCUUCAGUUACCAAAGACUUUAUGGAGCUGUACUUCGAACGAGAGGGAGAGGUGAAAGAGGUUCUGAUGAUGGAUGGGGAGCAGUCAGCUAUUGUAACCUUUUUGGACCACAGAGUUGCUGAAAACGUAAUAAGAAAAAGACAUCAGAUCAGUAAAGUGCCCAUCAGUGUGUACCUGUAUUAUGAGUCCCUGGGCACGGCUUUAUAUGGCAAAGACAGACCAGUGUGGAAGCUGCCAGACCCCUUUACUGAAAGCAUUGACCAGGCCCUGUGGAAGUUUCUUCAUACAGGUCAGAAGCAGGUGACAGUCAUCAGCAGUCAGAUGGAGAAGCACUUCUGUGAGGUGGACUUGGGAAGCUCCACUGUCAGGAUCAGCCCAUUACCAGCCUUGCUGAAGCAAAAAGGUUUGACAGCCAAGCACAUUGAUGCUUGGAAAGAGAAUGCUUCCGCUGCCUUCCGCAAUACCAUGUCCAAGUACAGUUCCUUUGAAUAUCCUGUGAAUCCCUUAGUGUGGAGUGAAUCUGAGAAGGAAAUCCGCAGAGCAGUGACACAGGCAGCAAUCUUGGAGCCUGACAUGGCUAAGAAGUCUGUAGCUGUAGCAGGCUUGUCCGAAGAUGCUAACAGACUGAAAGAGAUGCUGGUGGAAAUUGUGGAGAGAAACUCUAAGAAGCUUGAAAGGGAGAAAAACAGCAUAACAGAGCAGGUUGAUUUGGAGCCUGGCAUGUAUUACAUCCUGCAGCAAGAGAGACUUCAGGAGACAACAGCUGCCGAGUAUCCAGAACUGAAGCUCACCUACAAACCUGAUGUCAGGAAGCUCAUUCUUUCUGGAUUGGCCUCAGAAGUGUUCAGUGUAAAGAGCAAGAUUCUGGAAGCAGUUUUGCAUAUGAAACACAAGCAGGUGGAGAUUGACCCCAAUAUUUUCAGCUUUCUCAGUGAAGUAGACAACAAGGAGCUGUCCUACUCCAUCUUCACUUCACGGGGCAUCAGUGCUGUUUACAAAAUGGAAGAUGGGUGCGUGGAGAUUAUAGGAAACAGUGACAAGGCCCUGACUGAAGCAGCAAAGCAGCUGCAGGCAGUUCUGGGUUUUCAGCACAUACAUGUAGAAGACAGAGAUGUGCUGAGGAAACCAGAGUGGCUGAAGUUGGUUAAUUACCUAAAGUCGGCUUUCAACUCGCCAGAAAAGACAGUAUCAAUAAGACGAACAGAGAUAAAGGGAGCACAAGACCAGAUAGUCGUUUCUGGCUUUUGUGAUCCGAUCAAUCAAGUGAGCAAGCAGCUUUCUGAUUUUCUGAACAAAAACACACAUGCUGUUGAAACAGUACACUUCAAGUCAAAAGCAAUGCUCAAAUUCAUCCAAGAUACAAAAAGCACUUCAUGGACUGAGAAGAUAAAUGGAGAGAUACAUGUUAAAUUUGAUGAGACCAAGAAACCAAGCAUCGUAUUGAGUGGUCCAAGGCUUUUUGUCAUGGAAGCCAAAGACUUAUUUGGCAACUUAAUCAAAUCAGUGUAUUUUGAUGUUUUGAAGGUCAGCAAACCAGGGGCAAAGACAUUUUUCAGUGAUCAGGAGGACUUAUAUGUAUCUAUGGCACUGAGAGAGCUGAAAUGUGUGGUGAAGCUUGAUGAUGAAGACUCAUUAGAGGAAGAUGAGCCCACUCAGUCUGUUUAUGAAGUGCAGACAAGUGACGGUGUGACAGUUACAGUCUGUAAAGCUGAUAUAUGUCAGUAUCCUGCAGAUGCUGUGGUCAAUGCCUCCAAUGAGAAUCUGCAGCACAUUGGAGGUUUGGCUUUAGCUCUCCUCAAGGCAGCUGGUCAUCAGCUGCAGGACCUCUGUGACCAGCACAUCAGAAGAAACGGACCCCUGAAGCCAGGAGAUGCUGUUAUCACGGAUGCUGGCCGUCUCCCUUGUAGACACGUCAUUCAUGCUGUUGGGCCUCGGUUUGGUGAUACAGACUCUAGAAGAGCAGUUUGUCUUCUCAAAAGGGCUGUGAAAGAAAGCCUGAGACUGGCUGAGACACACAACUGCUCAUCUAUAGCCAUCCCAGCCAUCAGCUCCGGCAUCUUCGGCUUUCCUCUGGACCUGUGUGCAGAAACGAUUGCUCGGUCCAUGAGGGAGCACUGUCAGGACUUCUACGGGGAGAACACGCUGAGGAAGAUCCACCUGGUGAAUAACGAUGACAAAACAGUGCAGGCCAUGACAGCUGCUGUGCAGAAGGAGUUUGCUGAUGAGACCCCACAGCUGAGGAGCCUGCCAGCCAAACCUGCUGAGGAACACAGACGAUUCAGGGGAGGUGAGAGAAGUGUAGAAGUCGAGAGCAGAGGAAGUAUGGAAACUGUCCAGACGAAGGAGGGACUUGCCAUCACCCUCAGGAAAGGGAACAUCCAGGAGGCAUCGACUGAUGUCACUGUGAACACCAUCGCUGAGGACUUGACCCUGGACAGCGGUGCAGUGUCCAAGGCGAUCCUCCGGGCAGCUGGGCCAGAUCUCCAGAAUCUGGUCUAUGAGGCAGCGUCGGCAGGCUCUGCAGGGGAGGGGGCUGUACUGGUCACUGAUGGCUGCAAUCUGAGGAGCAACAAGGUCUUCCACGUCAUCGCUCCUUACUGGGACAAAGGCAAAGGGACUGCAGAGAAGGUGUUUGAAGGUAUCAUUAAGGAAUGCCUAAAGAAAUCUGAGCAACUGAAGCAGAGAUCCAUGUCCUUCCCAGCCAUUGGCACAGGCAAUCUGGGAUUCCCAAAGCCCCUGGUGGCCUCAGUGAUGAUGGAACAGGUUCUGUUGUUCAGCAGCAAAUCCAAGCCCAAAUAUCUCCAGGAAGUUGCUUUUCUUUUACACCCCAGUGACACACAGACUGUUCAGGCCUUCACAGAUGAGUUCAGUAAGAGGUUUAAGAGCCAGACAGCUAAAGUGAAAAACUCUGGGUCAUCGUCUGAAUCUGCAUCAGCAGAGCUUGGAAAAGGUUUUUUUGGCAAAGUCACUUCACCGAAUCUAGGAGUGCAUGAGAUGAACAUUGGACAGAUACUGUUGCAGAUCAUCACUGGAGAUAUAACAAAAGAGACAACUGAUGUCAUUGUGAACUCCUCCAACAAUACCUUCUCCCUCAAACAAGGUGUUUCAAAGGCAAUUUUAGAGGCAGCCGGACAAGCAGUAGAGACAGAGUGCCAGCAGCUGAGUGCACAGCCCAACAAAGGAUUGAUAAUGACCCAAGCAGGCAAUCUGAAGAGCAAGAAAAUCAUUCACAUCGCAACACAAACUGAUCCAGAAAAAAUCUGCCAGUCUGUCAAAGCAGUUUUGCAGAUGUGUGAAGAAAACAACUUUACAUCUGUAUCGCUUCCUGCUCUUGGGACAGGGCAGGGUGGUGCCAGUCCUUCUGUGAUUGCAGACACAAUGCUGGAUGCUGUAGUGGACAUUGUCAGCCAGAAAUCUGCGCUUUCACUCCAAACCGUUCGAGUGGUCAUCUUCCAGCCACAGAUGCUGACAGAGUUUUAUAAAAGCAUGCAGAAAAGAGAAGGAACAGUCCCACCUGAGAAGGGAUCAGUCUGGUCGAAACUAAAAUCUUUUAUUUGGGGAGGUAAUGGGAAAGAGGAAAAACAAAUGGAGGAGAUUAUCAUCGAGGGAGAAAAGAUCAAGCCAGCAAUUUUCCACAUCUGUGGAGAAACAAAAAGUAGUGUAGAAAAAGCUAAGAAGUGGGUGGAAGAUCUGAUCAUCAAGGAGCAGAAUGAGAUGACCAUUGCGGACGAAUAUAUCUACAGCUUCACUCCACAGGAGCACGAGAGGAUCAUCAACCUUCAGAGGAAGCUGCAGGUCAGCGUGAAACUGGAGUGCACUGCCACCCAGGCCUACGUCAAGGUGGAAGGCCUCAGCAGAGACGUGCUGAAGGCUGUCACUGAAGUCCAGGACAUGAUCAAGAAGAUCCGCGAUGAGGAGACCUUGAAACGAGAGGCAGAACUGGCCAGCAACCUGGUGGAGUGGCAGUACGAGGAUGGGAAUAAAUUUCUCCGCUUUGACAACCUCACCAACCUCAGGCUGGAACAGGCUUUUGCCAACAAGGUGCCCGAUGUCUCCAUCACUAUACAGGAGGAAGAAUACAAGGUGUUCUUGCCCGAUGGCCCAGCAGUGGGCUUUCAGGACGUCACCUUAAAAAUAAGAAGAAUCAAUAAGACUGAAGCCAAACAUUUGAAUGACCUUCCACAACACUGGGAUUCCAUGGCUGGAGUUAAGGGAGCCCUGACUGUGGUCUUACAAGCAGGAACGCCUGAGUACAAAGAAGUAGAAGACUUAUUUAAAGCAACCUGUGCGAAAAACAGUGUUUUAAAGAUUGAAAGAAUCCAGAAUGUCACCCUGUGGAAAAACUACCAGAUCCGGAAGCAAGAGUUGGACGACAAGAAUGGGCACCAGAACAAUGAAAAGCGCCUGUUCCACGGAACCAGUGAACCCACCAUUAAAACCAUUAACGCCUAUGGCUUUAACCGCAGCUUCGCUGGCAAGAACGCUGCUUGCUAUGGAAAUGGAACGUAUUUUGCAGUCAAUGCAAACUACUCAGCCCAGAAUACCUACUCUGUGCCAGACGCACUGGGGCAGAAGUACAUGUACCUGGUCAAGGUCCUUACUGGUGAUUUCACCAAUGGAAGACAAGGAAUGAUCGUUCCUCCAUCCAAGAACAACUCAACCAUUGAUCUGUACGACAGCGUAACUGACAAUGCGGGAAAGCCCACCAUGUUUGUUAUAUUCAAUGACAUCGGGGCCUACCCUGAAUACCUGAUCACUUUCCGAUAAUAGCCAUUGUGGAAGACAUAUGGUAAAAAUUACACUUUGUGGUAUAAAUGUGACCAUAGCUGGCACUUCAGAGCAAAUGUCCUUUCCUGAAGGUGAGAAGAAAGAAGUUUACAGUUUGUUUUUCUUUUUAAAGUUAUUAUGGGCUAAACAUAUAUAGUAUUAGUUUCUGACAUCACUGUCCUUGAAAUCAAAAUUCUCUUUCUGUUCUCUGAUACGGUAUUAUGCAAUAUAAUAAAACCAUGUGGCAGUCAAACCAGAAGAGAGUGAAACAGACACGGGGGGAGACGACGAGGAACUCGGCAGGCAGACGAACAGGGGAGUGUGACGACUGUGCACUGGUGCUCGGGGGGGGGCGUGGUCCUGGCGUACAAGUCCAAGGGAGUCCAAAGGGAAAUCUAGGGUGUUGUCCAAAAGUCCAGAGCCGGAAAAUCCAAACGAGACAAAGACAAGACAAGGUUUAAAAACCGGAGCGGGGUCCGGUUCAGGGACGGGGAAUAAAAUAGGGUUAUGGGGCCAGGCGCUCCCAGCCCCAGACCUAGACCUAGAUGGUCAGGAUGCCAUGGUGAAGCCUGUGCCAUCUGGUCUCACUGAGCCCAGAAUGGUAGGAGCGUCUGGUUUAAAUAGGGAGGGGCUGAAAAGGAGGCAGGUGCACAUAAUCAAGUAAAACAGGAAACAGCUGGAGCGCCCUUAAGAGGAGGGAUUUACCAUCGUGACAGUGGAAGCCCCCAUAGACAUAAAUGUUAAUCACAAAAGAACAAAACUCCUGCAUUUCAAUCUGGAUGAAGCAGGAGUUAAUUCCCUGCUGGACAGUAAAAAGAUGAAAAAACACAACUUGUGGCUGCUCAAGUGUGUGUUGCAGAAUGGGGGAGAGGAAAACGUAAUGCAGAGAUGAGGUAAAUAGUUCCACAUGAAAGAAUUCUGCUGCUUCCCUGACAAUAAUGAAUAUGGAUAUGCUGCUGUCUGUGUUAAUAUCUUCCUGGUAUUUCUUUUUGGUGGUAAAAGGAUUGUUAAAAGUUGAAAUUAGUAUGAAAAUUGUCAAAAUAAAAGUUACAAUCCA